ACGUAGACAUAGACAGGAGCUGCUGCAAUUAGAAAUUUAAAUGAAACCUAAAUUUUGGGUAAAAUGGCGGAAUAUAAAUAUCCAUUGUUCUUUGAAGCCAAAUAUUUGACAGACAAAGACAAGAAAACGAUAAGGAAACACUUUCAAAAGCGAAAAUCUGGAGGAGGCAAAUGCCGAAACAUUGAAAUGACUGGAGGCAACAUCUAUAAAGUUUGUUUCAAGAAAAAAAAAGACCAGGAAAAGGUUUUGCAGAAAAAAGACCAUCAUGUAACACUUUCAAGUGGAAAGCAGUGUCUGUCUGUGACCGCAAACUGUCCAACACAGACCCCUCAUCAGUUACCACAGCAGGCUAGAGUCCUGAUGCAGGACUCCUUCUUUGCCCCUGAAGAGAUCAGAGUGAAUAAAACGAUUUCUAAAUUGGAAAGGAGUGUGCCACUCUGGAAGGACAUUACAGUCGUGGAGAAGAAGUUCAGACUGGUGGAGGAAGAGUUUAAUCAAGAAAGGAAUGCUUGUUGCCCUGAAGUCAAAAUCUGUAUAAGUAAUAAUAUGAUCAUUUUGGAAGGACCUGACCAGGAGGUCUUCUCCGGAGCUAAAAAGCUUAAUGAACUGAUGAAGAAAGUAAUGAAAAAAACAAUUAAACUCCCUAUGGAGUUAAUAGCCUUCAUUAAGUCCAGUGGUGCCAUCUCCAAGUACCAGACUUGGUUCCAGAGUCUCAGAAAUCCUGUUUCCAUAGACGUUGGAUCAGAUCUGGUUCUGUUCAGUUUGUCCUCAGAAGCUCUGGAGGAAGCUGAAGCUGCAAUACUAAGAGACUUGAGAGACCUGAGAAUGGACACUGUGCAGCUUCAGGGUUCUGCAGCUGCUCCUCCAGAUGUGGGCAGAGUGAAAGAAAUCCUCACCAAAGCCAGGAAUGAAGAAAAUCAUCAAGGUUUAAAAGUGGAGAACAGCUUCAUUCCAGGAACAAGUGGAACGUCUGAGACAAACAUCCAGCAUGUAGGAAACAAUGAAAGUGUGAACAAGCUGAAAGAGAUUCCACAUGACUCCCAGAUGAACCAUGUGGAGACACAAAAAGUGAUGAAUUUAUCGCCAGAUCUGCUUGACUGUUUUGAUAAAGUCUUAAGUCUAAGUGGAACAAAUUGGGAUAAAUCAGAGGUGACAUUAAAGACUUUAAAUGCUCCACAUCCUCAUGUGCUUCUAUCUGGUCCUUGUUGUCGGGUACAGGAAGUUCAGAAAAACCUAAGAACCUCUCUAGCCAGUCUGAAAUCUGAUACAUUGGUUCUGGAGGGUUCAGGAGCUCAGCGAUAUUUCCAGGCAGAGGGUAGAACAAACAUGGAGCUGGUGGAGUCUGCCUUUAAGGUCAUUAUUAGGGAAGGAAAAUGUGUCCAAGGGACAAAACAACAAGGUUUUAGCAGCCCCAUAAGUUUAACAUCUUCACAAGCACCCAAAAUAAACUUGGAGAUCAAGCUUGGUAGUUUAGAGUAUGACAAGGUGAAUGUAAUGGUGGUCCCCAUGCUCAACAGAAAACUGACUUCUACUGCAAUUGGCAAAUGUCUGUCAAAAAAAGUGAAUAAGUUCAGGACAAAGUUUUUCUUGGCAGCAACAAAGUGCACCCUCCAACCUGGAGACGUCAUGCAGGUUGAUGCUCCUCCAUCUCUUGGCUGCUCCAAGAUCCUCUUCAUUGAGUGUCUGCCGUGGGACGGAGUCAGAGGACAGAGUAAACAGGCUCUUGCUAGUGGAUUGAAGAGGUGUCUGGACCUCUGUGUGCAGCAGGGCUCCAGUUCAGUUGCCUUUCCCAUCAUUGGACCUGGACUGGUUCUAAAGUACCCACUGAGAGAAGCCGCUAAAGUUCUGACUGAAACCAUUCGUCAGUUUGCAUUGUCUACAUACUCUGGGUCUCUGUCCACCAUCCAUGUUGUCAUUAAACCUGGCUAUGCUAACACAGUAGAGUGCUACCAUGAUGUCUAUAGAUGGCUCAAUUUGAACAUGACCCAGGGAGACCAAGUAAUUUUCAGGUCAAUCACUACUGACCUUGAUGAGAUCGCCAUGACUGUGGGAGAAGGGGUUAAGCUAACGCUGGUGAUUGGUGACAUCACUAAUGAGACCACAGACGGCAUAGUGAACUCAACUGACUUUAUUAGGUUUAAUACUGGUGGUGUGUGCAAAGAUAUUUUAGCUGUAGCUGGUCCAGAUGUUGAGGCUGAGUUAAAAAAAGCAAAAGUGAACCAGGGAGAGGUUUUUGUUACACACCCUGGCUCAUUCCCUUGUAAAGCUAUUUUACAUGUGUAUGGACAACGAGAUGCAGGUGUCAUUGAACAACUGGCCUGUAAAAUAAUUCAAUAUUGUGAAACCUUUGAAUUUAAAUCCGUGGCCAUUCCUGCCAUCUGUGCCGGCGCUGGUAAAAUGGACCCUGGUGUUGUGGCAGGAGCCAUCCUCCAAGGGAUCAAAACUGCCAUCUUGUCUACUCCCCUUUCCUGUCUGACUGACAUCCGCCUUGUGCUUAUUAACAUCAACCUGGUGUUUGCUUUUGCAAAGAAAGCAAUGCAAGUGUUUCCUACUGUUGUGAUCGACAGAGUGUCUGCAUCUCAGAUGCCUCAUGUACAACAGCAAGAUCAGUCAAGUACCAACACAGACCUCAGCAUCCUCUGCACCAGUUCAACAAACCAACAGUCUGUCUUCCACUUCCUGGGUCUCAACACACAGACUAUGGACACUGCUAUGACAAAGCUGAAAGAGCUCUAUCAGGCUCAGUGCUCCACACAAACCUUCACCCAGGAACAACUGGAAGUCCUCACUCAAAAUGAAAUAAAAGAUCUGAAGCACCUGUUGGAGAGUCAGGGUCUGCACAUAAAGAGAGACCAGUCUGGACAGGGCAUCCUGACAGUGUGUGGGUUAAAAGAUGGGGUCAGCCAGGUGAUGCAGAUGGUAAAUGGGUUUCAGAAGAACUCCCUCAUCAGAGAAAUAAGACUCAGGGAUGAGGAUGAGUUGUACCCUCGUGUUGCUUGGUGCAUCCUCGGAUGUAAUGGAAACUGGGAGAGACUACCCAAAACAGCCAAUUAUGACCUGGAAAACAAUGGUGCAUCAGGAGGGAUAGUUGACGCACAAGGCAACUCAUGGAGUGUGAAUCUGCAGGGAAUGAAGGCCACAAGACGACAAACUGGACAAAAGACAAAGCUGAAACGACUUGAGAAUCGUCCAGACUUCAUUUUACCUGUGUAUUGGGACAACAUGACGGUUUCUGAGACCACAAAGGUGGUUGUUCUACAUCCUUCCUCUGUAGAGUACAGGGCAGUGAAGGAGGCCUUUAGACGAACGGUCACAAAGACUGUAACAAAGAUUGAGCGUGUGCAGAACAUCCACCUGCAUUGUGCCUAUGAAACAUUGAAGAAGCAAAUAUCUGAUAACAACAUUCUUUUGGGUGGACCUGGGGAAAAGCUUCUGUACCACGGGACAAGUCAAGACAACUGCAACUCUAUCAUGAAAACCGGCUUCAACAGGAACUUUGCUGGACAAAAUGCAACUUUAUAUGGUCAUGGAACCUACUUUGCUGUAGACGCCAGCUACUCAGCCAAUAUCAAAUACUCUAAACCAGCUGCUGACGGCUCCCAGUCAAUGUUUGUGGCUCGAGUCCUGACUGGAACUUACACUGUUGGCCACAGUAACAUGAAGGUGCCUCCACAUUGUAACAACCAGCAGCCAGACGACCGCUACGACAGUUUGGUUGAUAACAUAAACAACCCCAGCAUGUAUGUUGUGUUCCAUGACAGCCAGGCGUACCCAGACUACCUCAUUACCUUUAAAUGAAAGUAUACUGAAAUUUAGAAAACAAUUGUUCACACAAAUACAUUAUUAUUGUAAGAUUGUGUAUGAUCGCAAUACUUAACAUACAGUAUUUUAAUAGGACAAGUAGACUACUCCUACAAUUGUAAAGUAGUACAAAUAUAUAUACUUACUAGUUAAUAUGUACACUCACAAGGCACUUUACUAUAGUUCACUAUGGUUCACUGUUUUAUACUGUCCUAUUUAAAAGUUCAAAUCAAUUAAAUCAAUUAUAGCAAUCGAUUCAGAAAAUGGUUCGGUAAUGUGACAAAAGUGACUCACCACUUUUGAUAGGUUUUUGUUUUUUGCAAAAAAAAUUAGCAAAAAUUAAAGUAAGUAAAGUGCCAUUAAAAUUGUAAAAUUGAUUAAAUGCUUGGCAGUUUUGGGCAGGUCUGAAGGUGUGAUUUACAAAAAAAAACUCUACAGAAGUUUUUACAGUAUGUUCGUGGCGUUUUUUGCCACAAGGGUCUCCAGUGUAUACAAAAUGUAUAACUUCUGUAUAAAUUAUGAUAAAAAUGAAAAAAACACUGGAAUUCAAAACUUAAUAAAAAUAAAACACAAAUUAUGCCAGCAGCUGUAAACACAGCAAAAAAUGAUCAGAAACUGAAAAAAAACAAAAAAUGACAGAUGAAGGGCUAAGGGUUAAAGUUAGGCUAAGUUAAGCUAACGCUGGUAAUUGGUGACAUUAUUAAUGAGCGCAUAAACGGCAUAGUGAACACAUCUGACUUCAUUAGGUUUAAUGAUGGUAGGCGAGAGCCUGCUGUAGGUAAACAUACAUAUAUAUUAAUAGAAGAAUGCUAGGCACAAAUAUGUACAGUAAAAUACCCUCACUAGCCUCAGUUUUAUUUGUUCACUGCUCACUUGAAAACUAAACCAAAAAACAUUACCUGCUAAAUAACACUUGCUACCAUGCUGAUGAUAAAAGACUACCAAAGUUAACCAAUAACCUCUUUAUUCAAUUGAUGUUGUGUGCACACAUAUCUUAACAGUAGCUGAUGCAAACAUCGAAACUCAACUGAAAGGUAAGGUAAUGUUUCAAAUGUUUUUGGAGGAACUGGUAAAAUGGACCUAAAGUUCAACGGAUUUUUAUUCUUUGAUGUCUGUUAAAUUGAGCCUGUGAAGAACAUCUACAUUACCUGUGUUGUGCCAAUGAAGCACUAAAGAAACAAAUGUCUGUUAAGACCAAACUGGAGGGUGGAGCCAGAGAAAAGCUUUUGUACCACAGCACAAGUCAGGACAACUGCAGCUCUAUGCGAAAACUGGCUUCAACAGGACAAAAUGCAACUUCAUAUGGUCAAGGAACCUACUUUGCUGUAGAUGCCAGCUACUCAGCCAGUACAAUCUACUCUAAACCAGCUGCUGAUGGGUCUCAGUUAAUGUUUGUGGCUUGAGUCCUGACUGGAACUUACACCCUUGGCCACUCCAAAAUUGAAGGUGCCUCCUCAGGCCUCCACCAGCAGCCAGACGACCGCUACGACAGUUUGGUUAAUAACAUCCCCAGCAUGUGUGUGUUGUGUUCCAUCACAGCCAGGCGUACCCAGACUACCUCAUCACUUUCAUCUGAUGGCAGUGGGAACAAUUAAAUAUAAUGAAAAAUGUUGAAUUACAAUGUUAUAUACUGUUCAGAUGAAAACAAGCAAUAUAAAGUUUUAUGUUUAUUUCAAAAGUUUUAAUAGGAAGAGUAGGCUAGUUAAAAACAAAAUGGAGUUUAAAAGGUUUUUGCACAAAUGUUCCUAUAGUUGAAAGAGUAAAAAUUGAUAUUUUACUAUUAACUACUUUACUAUGAUAUUUUUUACUAUUUAACUAUUUACUACUAGUUUGUUUCUACUGUAAUUAUAAGAAUAAAGCUGAUUGUUUCAGUGUUAAGAUGUGAAAGGAAGCAAAACAAAAGUGUCACUGGUUAACAAAUCACUUCCUUUCUGCUCUUUACUUCAAUCAGAGGUCUUUUAAUUUAAACUCAUUAAUUAUACACUUCUUUUUAAUGUUCUGACUACUCAUCUUGCCAGUUAAAUAUGUAAUCUUGCUUUCAGAUGUGAAACCCUCCUCCAGCGUCUGUAGAGCUGUGUCUCUCUGAAAAUAUGCAUAUGUGUUGCCAAGGUUACAAGAAGUCACAAAAUUUGCCACCACCCUAAUUUGAAUAAUUUGUAAAUAGUUUUUUAGUUUUCAUAGACAUUAAAAUAGGUUUUAAAAAUAGGUUUUAAACUAUAAAAGAGUUGGUUUUAAUUAC